UCUGGAGGGGACGGGGUAUGACUGGAGACCUUGUCCACUGGGGACCUACAGUCCAGACUCUGCUCUGAGUAUGAUCUCUCAGUGCAGGGAGUGUGAUGGAGGACAUUACUGCUCUCAGCAGAAUGCCACCUCUGUCUCUGGUGAAUGUGCUGCUGGGUUUUACUGCACACGAGGAAACAUCUCACCUCAGCCACAGUCAUCAUUUACAGGUGAGGGAGGACCCUGUCCUGCAGGUCAAUAUUGUCCACGAGGCUCUACUGACCCCCAGCCGUGUCCAGAGGGGACUUUUAGUAACAGGAGCAAAUUAACUUCAAAGGACGAGUGUGUUCUCUGCACUCCCGGUCAUUACUGUGACGUAUCUGGGCUGACGGCUCCAACAGGACAGUGCUGGGAGGGUUUUUACUGCAGACACGGAGCUUCAGUCCCCAACGCUUUAAUCAGAGACAGCAGAGGAGGACCCUGUCCUACAGGUUAUUUUUGUCCUAGAGGCUCCAGCGCUCCUCAAGACUGUCCACAAGGAUCCAUCACCAGCAGCGAGGGCCAGGCCAGCUGCAGCCUCUGUCCCCAGGGUUAUUACUGUCCUUCAAACGGCUCUUUAGCUGAAGGAAUCGACUGCCCUCCAGGUCAUUACUGCCCAACAGGAACAUCCUCAAAAAAUCAGUAUCCCUGUCCACCAGGCACAAUCAAUCCAUAUACAAGGAUGGGCAGUGUAGAGGGCUGUGCACCCUGCUCCCCAGGUUAUUUCUGCGAGGCUCCUGGACAGAGUUCUGCUUCUGGACCGUGUGAAGCAGGACACUUCUGUCUCUCUGGAGCUGCGUCCCCAACACCUGAUGAUGGACAGACUGGUGAUCGAUGUCCUCCUGGUCAUUAUUGUCCGAUUGGCUCCUCGUCUCCGCUGCCGUGUCCAAUCGGCCGCUACAACAGCAUCAGCAUGAGCACAGAGCUCUCCGCCUGUCUGCCCUGCCCUGCUGGAUUUGCUUGUUCCAGCAGGGGUCUCUCUGCUCCUUCUCAUGUAUGUCUUGCUGGCUACUACUGCCCCCCAGGGCAGAACUCCAGUCAGCCUGCUGAAUAUACCUGUUCACCCGGCCAUAUGUGCCCCCCAGGAAGCCCUGUUCAGACCCCCUGUGCUCCGGGGACCUUUCAGAGUCUACAUGGACAGGCAGAGUGUUUGCUCUGUCCGUCAGGGUUUUUCUGUGCAGGUUCAGCUGAUCCUGAAACAGGGAUUAUGGGCGGAACGAGUACUCCUGCCCCGUGUCCUGUGGGGCAUUACUGCCCAGCAGGUACAAGUUCUGGGCUGGAGUUUCCCUGUUCUAUUGGGACUUACAGUGGUGAUUUAGCACUGUCCAGUAAAGAGCAGUGUGUCCCCUGUCCUGCUGGACGGUACUGCGCUUCCUCUGGCCUUUCUUCUCCCACUGCCGACUGCUCUCCUGGCUACCUGUGCAUCCAGGGAGCCACUGUUUCACAGCCUCCUGGAGACGCUACAGGAAGAAGAUGCUCAGCAGGCUUCUACUGCCCUGCAGGAACCAAUCAUAUGCGGCCCUGCCCACCAGGAACAUUCAGCUCAUUAGAAGGAGCAGCAUCUUCAGAGGAGUGUCAGCCCUGCACUCCUGGUCAGUUCUGUGCAGAAUAUGGGUUGAGUUCCCCGUCUGGACCCUGCAGUCCUGGAUAUUACUGCACCCUCAAAGCCAGCUCCCAGACUCCUCACCAGAACAGAAGCACCGAGUUGAAAGAGCGUGCACAUUACCCGGAAGAUGAGCUGGAUCUGGUUCAGAUCACUGGUGAUAUCUGUGCACGAGGACACUACUGUCCAAGUGGGAGUUCUCAGCCAUUGCCGUGCCCACCAGGGACGUUUCUGGGCCGGCGUGGUGCCGUCUCUGAGUCUGACUGUGACCCGUGUCUUCCUGGCUUUUACUGCCCUGCCUGGGGGCAGAACUCUGUCGAGAUUGGCUGCCCUGAGGGCUGGUUCUGCCCUGCAGGCUCUGUCAUUGGACGUGAACCUGGUCAUCAGUGCCCACCUGGUCAUGCCUGCCCAUAUGGAAGUGUUGAGCCAGCCAUCUGUCCCUCUGGUGCCUACCAGUCUCAACCAGCUCAGCCAUACUGCCAACCAUGCCCACCAGGGUUUUACUGCCUGGAAGGGGCAUCUGCUCCCGUGCCCUGCCCAGCAGGCACCAUGAGUCCGGUCGAGGGGCUUCAGUCUCCUCUGGACUGCUCUCUGUGUCCUCCAGGAUUUUACUGCAACACUACUGCACUCACCAGCCCCUCAGGAGCCUGUAAUGCUGGUCAUUUCUGUUCGUCUGGAGCCACAGAGUCAGCACCAGUCUCUCAGAGGUAUGGGGACGUCUGCCCAGCAGGCUGGUAUUGCCCUCAGCAGAGCAGCGCUCCUGUGCCAUGCCCUGUUGGACACUAUUUUUCAGAUAAAGGAGCUUCUUCUCUUACCUUUUGCUCCCCCUGCCCUCCAGGCAGAUACUGCCACACACCUGGAUCCUCUCAGCCCUCAGGGUUUUGCUCUCCUGGUCACUACUGCACAGGAAGUGCUGAAACUGCAGCUCCUCAGGCCAAACCCAUCCAGCUCAGAUGCUUCUGUAACUUUAUUCCAGAGUCCAGCCAGGCUGAGUAUUCACUCUGUGCUCAGAGAGACAGCACACGCUGCUUAACUGGUGAAGGUGAAGAGGGGUGUACUGACUCAGACCUCAGUCCUGCUUCAGAUUCAGAAAACUCUGAAUCUAAUUCUGAAUUAACUUUGGACGGCAAACAAGUGGAAUGCUCUGAUUUCAGAGGAGACGUGUGUCCUGUAGGGUUCUACUGCCCUGUAGGAUCCUCCCUGCCUCAGCCUUGUGAUCCAGGAUCCCACUGUAAUCAGACUGGGCUUCAGGCUCCUGCAGGACUCUGUGCUUCAGGCUUCUUCUGCUCUAAAGGCACUAAAGAUCCUUAUGCUGCACCCUGUCCUCCAGGACACUACUGUCCCAGAGGCACGCCUGUACCUCUCCCCUGCCUGCCAGGCACACUGAGACCCUCUGUUGGAGGAUCCAGUCUGGAGGACUGUUUGGCGUGUCCCUCUGGAUAUUUCUGUGAGCUGAGAGGUCUGAUACAGCCCAGCGGUCGGUGCUCUGAGGGGUAUUACUGCCCAGGGGGGCAAAACUCCUCUCGGCCUGCAGAGCAUAGAUGUAGAGCUGGUCACUACUGUGAAGAGGGGAGCAUCAGUGAUAGAGCAUGUCCUGUGGGUAGUUACCAGCCCCUGGAAGGCCUGCAGAGAUGUGAGGUUUGCCCUGCUGGAUUCUUCUGCCCUGCAGAAGGUAUGAUAAACCCAGUUCCAUGCAGACCUGGAUUCUACUGUCCUGCAGGAGCAGCCAAUCAGCAGCCCUGUCCUGCAGGAACCUACUCAAACCAAUCCGGUUUAACUGAGUCGUCAGAGUGCACUCAGUGCAGCCCAGGCUCAUAUUGUUCUGGAACAGGGAACACCUCGCCGUCUGGUCCGUGCUCAGCCGGAUUCCUGUGUUUUGGAGGAGCUUCUCUUCCGUCUCCUACAGGUAACGUGACGGGAACUCAGUGUCCUCCUGGAUUCUACUGUCUCACUGGGAGCUUUACUGCGACUCCAUGCCCUAAAGGCACUUUCAGUGUUCAGCAGGGACUGACAGAAGCAGCUCAGUGCCGGAAGUGUUCUCCCGGGUUCUAUUGUUCAGAACCAGGACUGUCUUCUGUUAGUGGUCCCUGUUUACCAGGCUUUUUCUGCACUGAGGGAUCCUCCACUGCAGCUCCUGUCUCUGCUCUAUUUGGCGACGUGUGUCCUCCUGGGCACUACUGUGAAACUGGCAGCGCUGUGCCCACCUCUUGCCCAGUGGGCACACACCGGUCUGAGAGUGGUGGAAAGAGCGUGGAGGCCUGCAUGUCUUGCCCUGAAGGGCUGUUCCAGGAUCAGUCAGGCCAAAGGGAUUGUAAAGCCUGUCUCCCUGGAUUCCACUGCCUGUCCUCUGCUCAGCAGACUAACAGGGGCGGUGCUCCACUCAUCUGUCCGAAGGGUUAUUACUGUCCUAAUGAAACACUGGGCAGACCCGUCCCCUGCCCCAAAGGCACCUACAGUGAUAAUCAGGGCCUUACAUCAGCAGAUGAGUGCCUAGUCUGUCCCCUGGGUUAUUUCUGUGGUUCUGACGGACUGGUCCAGCCCUCUGGACCCUGUGCUUCUGGAUUCCUGUGCUUUAUUCGUGCAACAGUCCCAAACCCCACCGACAACCAAACAGGAUCUCUGUGUCCAGCAGGGGCUUUCUGUCAGCUGGGAAUCAGAAAUGGAGACUGUUCUCCAGGAUAUUUCUGUGACUGGGGUUCCAGCAGUCCAGAGCAGAGACUCUGUCCCUCAGGGUUCUUCUGCCCGGCAGGAAUAGAUAAACCCGUAGCCUGUGGGCCGGGAACGUUCAGCUCAGUGAUGGGAAACAGUGAAAGAGACAACUGUGAUCCAUGCCCUUCAGGCUUCUACUGUCAGGGUGAUGGCGUGGUGGAACCUGUUAUUUGCCCAAAAGGUUUUUACUGCCCUCAGGGCACAGUACUAGAUACAGACUUCCCCUGCCCUCAAGGAACAGUGGGGCUUCACCCUGGAGCCACUAGUGAAGAGAACUGCUCACCAUGCCCGUCAGGCAUGUUCUGUGCACUUCCUGGUCUUUCUGAGCCUACUGGGCACUGCCAGGAUGGGUACCAUUGCCCAUCAGGAGCCAUCAGCCCCAAUGCCACAGGGCAUCAGAUGGAAUCAGCUGGUAAUAACAUGUGCCCUCCUGGUCAUUACUGCCCCGUUGGCACUGGCUACCCUCUCCCUUGCCCCCCUGGCACACUGUCCAGCUCCCCAGGGCUGAGUGCGGUGGAGCAGUGCCAGCCCUGCCCGCCGGGGCACUUCUGUGAGCAGCCUGCGAUGUCCAGCCCCUCUGAUGCACUUCUGUGUGAUGCUGGGUACGUGUGCCUUGGAGGCAGUCGCAGUGCUCGCCCAAUAGAUGGACUGGAGGGAUAUCUUUGUCCUAGUGGGCACAGUUGCCCCAUUGGUUCCCCAGUGGAGGUGCCAUGUGAGCCUGGAACCUAUAGCAGCGCUCCUGGAGCCUCCCACUGUCUGUUCUGCCCAGCUGGUACCAUGUGCCCGUCGGCAGCCACUCAGGAGCCGGCACCCUGCCCUAAAGGUUAUUUCUGCCCUGCUGGCACUGCUACAGCUGUGCCAUGCCCUGUGGGCACUCUCGGCCAGGUUAACAGGGCUCAGUCUGAGUCUGCCUGCACUCCCUGCCCCACUGGUCUGUUCUGCAGCCUUCCUGGUGCCUCUCAGCCACAAGGUUCAUGCCAGCAGGGAUAUUUCUGCCAGAGUGGCUCUGCGUAUCCUGCUCCUCUAAACACAUCAGGAUCCCUGAUAAAUGGCCCCUGCCCCCAAGGCCACUACUGCCCAUCAGGCACCCUCAACCCAAUGCCCUGCCCUGCAGGCAGCAUGCGCAAUCUCUCCGGUGGUUAUUCUAUGGAGAGCUGCAUGCCGUGUCCAGCAGGGCAUUACUGUGCCGGUGAGGGUUUAGAUUCUCCCAGUGGUCCGUGUGCUGCCGGUUUCUACUGUCCUGCAGACUUCUCCUCCACCACUCCUCAUGCCUUCCUCUGCUCGAAGGGUCAUUACUGUCCUGUGGGCUCUCCCUGGGCCUUGCCCUGCCCUACAGGACAGUACCAGCCCAACCCAGGCUCAGACAGCUGCAUCCCGUGUCGGCCAGGCUUCUACUGUGAGGAGGCCGUAGUGGGAGACCCUUUACCCUGCCCUCCUCACUCCUACUGCCCAGCAGCUACUAUGGUUCCUCAGCCAUGUCCCAAUGGCACAUACACUCCUCUUGAUGUUGGAGGUUUACAGGAUGAGAAAGAGUGUUUGUCCUGCCCACCAGGAAGAUUCUGCAGGGGUGGUCAGAUUAAAGGGGUGUGUGCUGCUGGGUAUCUGUGCAUCUCAGGCAGCUCAGACUUCACACCACAGGGCCGAGCACCGGCCGACAGGAGCCGGUGUGAGUGGGGCAUGCAGUGUGCUGGACCCUGUCCUGCCGGCUUCUAUUGCCCUGAAGCUGCAGAUCAACCUCAUCCCUGUCCUGCUAAUACAGUAAAGGAAACUCCUGGUGGAAGCAGCAUUCAGGAUUGUCUCCCAUGUCCUCCUAAACACUGGUGCAAAGAGAGUGAUCCCGUGCUGUACUUGUGUCCGGAGGGUCAUUACUGUGAUGGAAUAGAUGAUUAUGAGUCUGAGGGAAGGCCUGGGCCGAGACCGUGCCCUUCCUUCACAUACAGGCCGACUCCUGGAGCCGGGAGCAAAGGAGACUGUCUUCGGUGUCCUCCUGGAACUUUCUGCAAUGCCACAGGUCUCACUGAUUUCUCCAGUUUUCCGUGCCCACCUGGGUACUGGUGCAGUGGUACAGGCUUGCCAGUCUUCUGCCCUGGAGGCACCUUGAGGGCACAACCUGGGGCAACUUCAGCCAUUCAGUGUGAGCCGUGUGCUGCAGGUAGUUACUGCCCUGACCCUCGCCGCACAGGCCAGCCGAACACAGCCGGGAUUCCCUGCAGAGCCUCUUACCAGUGUCCCACAGGUUCAGUGGAGGAGACGCCAUGCACAGCAGGCUCAUACUGCGGACCUCAAACAGGAGAACCCACUGCAUGUCCUGCUGGAUACCACUGUCCUGAAGCCUCACACACCUACAACACACCUGAACAAGUCUGCAUGUUCCCAUUUUACUGCCCAGCCAACAGUUCUACCAUGUUCUCCUGUGCUGGUGGUUUCAUGCCUCGAAACAUCAGCGGUCUGAGGGUUUCUCAGGACAGCAGUUGUGUUCAGUGUGAGGCGGGAACCUAUCGACCGAGUCACUCACCUCACCUCCGCUGCCUUACCUGCCCUCCAGGCUACCUGUGCCAUCCAGGUGCGGAAAACUACAGCAGUCAGCCCUGUCCAAUAGGGUAUGUUUGUCCACAGGGUUCGUCCCUCCCUGUCCCCUGUCCUCCUGGAACCUAUGGAAACCACACAAAUGCAGAGCUAAUUGAGGAAUGCCAACAAUGUCCUCCAGAUACCUUCAACCACCUGGAAUCUCAGAGAGCCUGUUUUCCCUGUGGCAGCUCCUCUCAUUCUGAGAGAGGUGCGUCCUCCUGCGUGUGCAUCGGUAAGAACCGCGUGUUCCAGCACUCUGACGGAUCCUGUCUGUGUAAAACGGGUUACGUUUUCUAUAAUGAACUGGACUUUAAGAGUUCCAGUACUGACAGUGAUCUGGACUGUCAGCCUGAGGUGAGUAAACGCUGUGGUGUCGGACAAGUAAGACUGGCUUCCUCCCAAGAGUGUGUUAACCCCUCCACACACUCCUGCAGUCUCAGCUGUGGUCCUCAGGGUGGGAGUCUGGACGUAGGCCUGGGCAUUUGUCAUUGUGAGCGGUACGUAUCAGCGGAGGAGGUGUGUAACUCCUCGUGUGUUUCCACACUGCCUGAGCUAUCCACCAGAUUAGCUCAGGAUGGACAGCUGCUGCUUAGGAUCAAAGCUAAGGAUGAAAACAGGAUGUGGAACAGAAAUAUGAUGAACAUCCUGGGACCUGACAGUCACAUCAACAACAUUGGAAAGAUCCAUUUAGUCCAGUUCUCUGCAGAAGGAGUAUUCGGUUGGAUUUUGAAGGACCCUUUGUUUAUUGACACCUUUCUGUCAGAACCAAUAGAAAUUCUGGAGGGAGGUCGGAGAAAGAGAAGACACAGCGGUGAUCUCUGGAGCUCUGGACCUCUACCCCGCAUUCCCAACCCAAUAGCAUGUCUCAAUCCCAGUGAUAUGCUCAUCUUUCAGCUAACCAUCAACUACACUGACCGUCUCCUCAGCCACUUCCCUGUGUAUCAGAAGGACCAUUUGUUCAGUAGUAAUCCUGCCUGGGACUUUGGAGCAUUCAGGCAUCUGGAGCGGCUUAUCAAGCAUUCUCAGUUUAAUUCCACCAGAUUUGCGCAUGUGUUCUCGGAGCCGGGGAAAUACGUGUUCCUGGAUAAUGCUGUGAAGGACUGGAGCUUGAUAGUGGUGGUUCGAGAUAAGAGCACAGAGUGUGAUCCUACUACAUCUCCCUUCCAGCCCACCUCUCCAGCACAGCUCGUACGACACGGAGUCAUCAAACAACAGCGCCUCAACCUCCUGCCAGACUGGAGCGCCAUCAUAGGGGUGUUGAUUCUGCUGGUGUUGCUGAUAGUGGUGUUGACCGUCUCUGCUCUGCUGCUGAGGCCUAAUCGCUCCAGUCUCAUCGCUAAAGGAAGGCCGAAGCCUAAAUGGCGCAGCUUGGGGGAACCCAAGGUUCCUAUGGAGUAUGUUUACAGUGGAGACUGCAGUGGUAUGCUCAGGUUCAGGGGAGUGGGUGAAGGAGCAGAAGCAGAAGAACCUGCUGUGUGCAAAGGAUACAAGAAUGCACUGAUUGAGUUGGAGGAGUUUAAUGUAAAAACGCUGUACGACAAAUUAGAGGAUCAGAAUUUACACCUGGCAUCACAGCUGGCGAAGCAUCGCAAAGACACGCAGGAGUUCUACAGGAACAUGUGCCAGCAGACCGACGCCCUGCGGGAGACCUUGGAGAAUAUGGAGCCUUCAAAGCGGAUCCAGUGGAAGAAGAUUAUGGCCAGUGAGGCACAAGCUAAACAAGAAUCCAUUAGAGUGGAGCCGUGGAUGGGUCUGAUGGAGGUCGUUCAGAGAUCAUUGGAGGCGGUGCUGAUCCGGCUGAAUGAAGAGACCUAUCAGCAGCCAGAGAGCACCGUGACCGGCAGCCACAGAGACACCAGAGAGAGCGGAGUCCACACAGGAUACACCCAGAUUUCUUCAGCUGAUAUGAUUGAACUGAAGACAAGACCGGACACAGAGGCAGCAUCUUCUGAUCCAGCUCCCCAGUCCAGUACAGCUCCCUGUGUGAGUGAGGAGGACCUGGCAAAGCUUUUGGCCCUGACUCCCCUCACUAAAACUCUGCAGGAUAUACAGCAGUCCCUUCAAGCACUGAACGAUACGCCCCACGCAGAAGAAGAACCUAGAGCAUCAUCUGAGGACACGGAGGAGAGGCAGCAGGCGCACCUGAUCCCCGUUGCCCUUGACAACCUGUCUCCACGGAGCUUCGCUGUCUUCCUGUUUGGUUGCCAUGUAGUGAGGCUGCUGAGCCGAGCCUGCGGCUUCCCCGCCGUGAUGCUGCUGCUGGCUAAAACCCUGCCGGUUACUCAAACCGACUCCCUGCUGAACUACUGUAACCGAGAGUUUUACUACGACACAUCCAACCAGAUACUGUACAUCCUCCACAGUAACCUGCAAAACGCCGGACACUUCAUCUCUGUCCUCUUACACGCUCUGGCUUAUAUUACUUCAGGCUCUGCUCCUCGAGACUUCAUCAGAUCCCUCCACCUGGCUGUAUCUGCUCUGAGCUUGCAGUUAUUCCAUCUCUCCUUCACUCAGGAGCAGCAGGAAGGAAAGAUGGAUGAAGAGAGAUCACAGCUUGCCUUUGGGACGUUGGUGGAGGACUUCCUCAGUGUUAAAGUUUCUACUGAAACUCAAUUCACCCCAAGUCUACUGGCUGAAAGGCUCCAAAAGUACAAGUACUUCAAGUUGGAGCAGCUCCUUCAAGAACUGAAACCACCUCCAUCGAGCCGACCCACAGAAGGUUCUAGCCCCACAAAUCUCAAACUCCCGGUGCAGAUGCUUUGUGUGGAGCAGGAAAUCCAGCACCUUAAUGAGGUUUACCAGCAGCUCAGCUCCCAGCUGCACAGCAGAACACACACACUCACACACACACACACACACCGCCCGCUGGAGCAGAGCCAGACCCAGACCCAGCUCAACAAAGGCCUUCAGGAGCAAGUGUUGAUGUUGAAGCUCCAGCAGGUCACAGUAGAGCAGAGACUGAGGGAGAUGAAGGAGAGGUUGAGUAAACUCAGCUCAGAUAAAGAGCGAUCUGAGCGAAAUGAACAGUCCGUGUCUGAAAGCACAGAGCAGCAGAUACAUAAAGACAGCCUGGCCUUCAGUAAACACACACAGCUGAACAAUGGAGCCGAUAACCAGACAGACGCCAGCGAGCAGCUCCCCAGCAAGAAACAACACAGCAGACAUAUGGAUGACGUAGCGCUGGAGAAAAGGAUGUUAUAGCCUGAGGCAGAUUCACUCUUCCUGUUUUGUUCCUGUGUUGUUUACUCACUCUACUCUCAUAAAAUAGCAAUGAAUUAUCUUCUAUAGAGACACAGUAUCAUAUUUUUUGGUUGUUUUUCCCUUUUUGGCACUUCUUGGGUUUUACCCUGUGGUGGAUUUUUAUUUUCUGGACCUGAGCUACCCACCUCUGUGUGUAACUAUAGGUUUAAAUAGGAUCUCCGGUGGAUUUUGUGUUUUACAGAGACCAUAAGCCUAGGUCAGUGUAGGCUGAACUGGACUUAUUAGGACAUUAUUACACAUGUUGUAAAGUAACAUAUGAAAUUGCAAAGACUGUUAUUAGUGUAAAAAUGUCUUUAUUUUAAAACGUUUCCAACUGUUGUCCGUCUCUCUGCCUCCUGGUGUUGCACUCACAGGCUCACAG